AUGGGAAUAAAACCAGAUGAGUCAGUUUUUCAGCCUGGCGAUUAUGGUUCUUAUCGACAAACCCAACGGUUAGAUAAUUACAAAAAAUAUAUCGAAAAAUUAUUAGUAGAAAAAAAGGCUUAUUUUUGUUUUUGUUCGCCGGAGAAAUUGGCUCAGGAAAAAGAACAAUUUAUCAAAGAAAACAAAAGAAGUAAUUAUCAAUAUUCGCGAAAAUGCUUGAAUUUAAAUGAUAAAGAGGUUCAAACUUUUAUCCGCCAACAAAUUCCUUAUGUUAUCCGCUUAAAGAUUCCCCAAGAAAGAAAUUAUCUUUUCCAUGAUUUAGUGCGAGGAGAAGUAAAAUUCGCAGGAAAGGAUAUUGAAGAUUUUGUUCUCUUUCGACAAAACGGUAUCCCUAAUUAUAAUUUUGCUUGUGUCAUUGAUGAUUAUUUAAUGAAAAUUAGCCAUGUUUUGCGGGGCGAGGAACAUUUAUCUAAUACUGGCAAGCAAUUAGUUUUAUACGAGGAAUUUGGUUUAUCAGAAGCCAUCAAGGAAUUUAAUUUAGAAGGAUUAAAUGCCAUGGAAAUAAUUGACGGACAAGAUGGGAAUAUGUAUCUUUAUGUGGGAGAAAAAAAUGCCAACAGCGGACGAGAAAUUAAAAUCGGAAUUGCCAAAGGCGAGUUUGAGACAAAGAACGCUCCUAUCAAGGGUAGUGAAAGAAGUCAAUUAGAGGUUUAUUGGUAUUUAUUUUUAGAGACCGGUCAGCCACUAACUCCAACUGAAAAAGAAAAUUAUUAUCGAACUUUGGUGGAAACAACAUUUCAAGAACAAUGA